UCAGAGUAGUAACAACAGUUGGAUCUAUUGGUGUCUGGGGCCUAAAGCAAGGAAAUAUAAUUCCCCACAUGGUGUCUUUUCAAACAUUGGAUCCUGGCAUAAAGUUAUUGGAUGUACUGUUUGAAUUAAAUCCUCUGGAUGGAAAGUGCGAUCAACGUGUUCAAGUUUCAUCUCGUCCUUUGGAAAUAGUGUAUGAUGCUAUGAGUGCUCUGAAACUUGCAGAUGUAUUCGCAGCCCCUCAGUCUCAAACAGUUGCUCAG